AUGAAUACAGGGAAUCAUUCUACAGUGACAGAAUUUCUCCUUAUGGGAUUAACAGACCAGCCAGAACUCCAGAUCCCCCUCUUCUUACUUUUCCUACAAAUAUACAUUGUCUCCAUCAUAGGGAAUUUGGGCUUACUUUUACUUAUCAAGAUAAGUUCUCAACUUCAUACCCCCAUGUACUAUUUUCUCAGUAACCUGUCUUUUAUUGACUUCUGUUUCUCCUCUGUCAUUAUCCCCAAAAUGUUGGUGAACUUUGUAUCAGAGAAGAACAUCAUCUCCUACUCAGGGUGCUUGACCCAGUUCUUUUUCUUCUGUACUUUUUGUAUUGCUGACUGUUUCAUGCUGACAGCCAUGGCCUAUGAUCGUUAUGUUGCCAUCUGUAGCCCCCUGAUCUAUACCACAACCAUGUCUCAGAAUACUUGCUUCUUGCUAGUGGUAGGAGUAUAUAUUAUGGGGAUCUUUGGAGCCAUGACUCAUACAAGUGCUCUAACCAGACUGUCCUUUUGUGGAAACAAUGUAAUUAGUCAUUAUUUUUGUGAUGUUCCUCCCCUUUUGAAGCUCUCCUGCUCUAGCAUUUAUAUCAAUGAGCUUUUGGUGAUGCUUCUGGUUGUGGUUAACUCAUUGAUAACCACAUUACCUAUCUUGAUCUCUUAUAUUUUCAUUCUUUCCAGCAUCCUUAGGAUCCAUUCUUCUAAAGGCAGGUCCAAAGCCUUCAGUACCUGUGCAUCCCACCUGGCAUCUGUGGCUGUCCUGUAUGGCUCCAUUAUUUUUAUGUACUGCCAGCCUGCUUCGACCAGCAACAUCACUCAACAGAAAGUGUCCUCAGUGAUCUACACCACAGUCAUUCCCAUGCUAAACCCUUGGAUUUAUAGUUUGAGGAACAAAGAUGUGAAGAAUGCACUGAGAAAAACCAGGAAGGGCUGGACACUCUCCUGGUGUGAGUGGCACAAUUAAAAGUCACUGAAACAUUAAACUUAUUUUCUGCUCCUUCACACUAGUCAAGACACACAUCAGAUGUGAACAACAUUGCAAAGAUAGGGAUAUCAUAUUUUUUCUUGACAAUUUCCCUUCCUAACUUGGUUACCUCCUGCCCAAUUCCCAACAAUUUAUGGCACUGGGUUUUUUCUCUUUAGAAUAUCCUAAAGUAAUACAACACACCAUGUUUUCUGCCUAAAUUGGCCUAUUCCAUAUCUCACUGUCUAUGAUCUCCAUCUCAUAUUGUUAACAGUGUUAAAAAUCAACUUGACCAACUCUUCCUUGAUAAAAUAAAAUACAGAAGAUUGAAUCCUGAAAUUCAAAGAUAGCUAAGUAGAAAUUUUACUCACCUGUAAUGUAGAAAUGUGGGCCAUAAGGAGUACUGUGAUCCCAACAUUUAGCUAAGGAAAACCAGUCACAUAUCAAGGAUAAUGUUUGAACUGCAUAAAAUUUAGGAAUUUUCCCAGAAUUAUGAAAUACCUUUACUUUUAUCCAAUUUUCUCUGGGAUUCAAUGACAAAUUUCUAAAAUAUAUAAUUUGUAUCUUUUUCUAUUAAGAUUCUUUUUAUAAACCUUUUUAUCAACAAAAGUUGUGUGGAGUUUGCUACAAUCCAAGACAACUCAGAAAGUCAAAAAGAAAGAUAUAUGAGGCUUGGGUGAAGAAUGGACUGCACCACAGAUAAUGGAAAGACUAGAUAUAGGCCCUGGAUAUAGUUGCAAUGGUAGUAAUACAAUUUUGGGUGCACUCCUAUCAUAAAAACUUAGGGGAUUGGAAAACUGGUCUGAAAAUUACUACAAGGGAUCCCAACACUGAGUACAAGGCCAGGAACUGAUAGGUGAUUACAUGACUCACAUCCAUUUUCAGGUCACAAUUCCAGGGAUUGGAAAGGAAAAGAAGAUGCUUGUAGUUUC